AUGGUUGAUGUACGAUUUUCGAAUAUUUAUUCAAGACAUACAAAUAAUUCUUAUGUUGAAAAUCAAACUGAACAACUUUGUUCAAAAGUUAAAAAACUUAAGUAUAUAACAGUACAAAUUAGUGAUGAAAUUAAACGUCAAAAUGCUGAUUUAACGAAAUAUCAAACAAUUAUGAAUCUUACAAGUAGUCUAAUUGGUCAAGCACAUCAUCGUGUGAAACUACUAUCUCAAGCUGGUUGGUGGAAAAUGUAUUUAUAUUUAAUACUUUUUUCUCUAUUCAUUUUUCUUAUAAUUUAUUCUUUUACUAAAUAA